AUGAUCCAAUUUGAUUAGCAAAAACAAAGAACUCUUUAAACAAAUCCAGAAGAUUACUUUAAUUAAGAUGAUGAUUAACCUACUGAAACAAAUAUGUAUUAAUCUUUAAGUAAAAUUUAUACAUAGACUUGUAGAUUAUCAAAAAAGUCAUUAACCAUAAAAUUCUUAAGGAUUCUUAGUAAAUUAACAUUCUAAACUUUUUGAUCUUAGAAAGAAAUAUCUUAAAAAUAGAGAAGAUACUAAUAGACGAUCUGUUUCUAUUCACAAUAAAAUGUAAUGCAAUAAAUCACCAAUCAAAACUUAAUAAACAAAAAGACAAUCAUCUCCUAAAUAGGAAAAUUAUUAGCCUCUUUAAAAGAAAAAGACCAUGCCAAUUACCAAGAAUUUAGGAAGCAAUCUUAGAAAUAUAUUAAAGUCUAAUUAUCAACAAUAAGGUUCAUAUGGAGAAAAUCCUGAAAAUGUAGUAAUAAGAAAAGAAUUAUCUUAAUUAAUAGAAAUUCCAAUUGAAUAUUAAGGAAUUGAUAGUUAUUCAUUUAUUAAAACAUUGGGAAUAGGUGCUACUGCAGAAGUGAAAAUGGCAAGAAAUAAAGAAUUAGAUAUAGAAGUUGCUAUAAAGAUAUAUGAUAGAAAAAAGAUGAAUAAUAUGCAUCUUAAAAAUCUAGAAAGAGAAGUGGAGAUCUUAAAUUUAAUUAAACAUCCUAAUAUUAUUAAUUUGUAUCAUACUUUUGAGAAUGAUAAAUCCAUAUAUUUAAUAAUGGAAUAUUCAUCACCUAUUAAUUUGGAAACUUUUAUGAAAGGUCGUCCAUUUAAAAGAAUAAAUGAGGAUGAAGCUAAAAUAUUAUUUAGAUAAAUAGCAGAUGCUAUAGCUUAUAUUCAUACAUUGAAUAUUUCACAUAGAGAUCUUAAAUUCGAAAAUUUAUUAAUAGAUUAUAACACAAGAAAAGUGAAGAUUAUUGAUUUUGGAUAUUCAAUAAAGAUUGAUGGUAAAUAAAGUUGUUCUUGUGGUACACCUUAAUAUAUGGCACCUGAAUUAGUUAAAAAGAGUGCCUAUGAUCAAUCUGUUGAUGUUUGGGCUUGUGGUGUAAUUUUAUUUAAAAUUUUAACUGGAGUAUUUCCAUUUCGUGGAAAUUCAGAAAAAGAUUUGAAUAGAAAAAUAUGUUUAGGGAAAUUAGAAUAUCCUUCUUUUGUUAGUAGUUAAGCUAGAUAAUUAAUAUCAUCUAUGUUGAGAGUUGAUCCUAAUGAUAGAAUUUGUAUGUAAGAAGUGAUAUUAUCUUAAUGGUUAAAUUGA